AUGUCACACGCCGGCUUUCGCAACGACGAUGCCGAGCACAAUCAUUCUAGUGACGACAGCGAGAAGGAUGAUCUUCCUAGGACCUCAGAAGAAGUCAGGAGGCACGACGCAGAGACUUUGACGGCGGAAGAGGACGCAGAGCGGCUGCUGGUUGGAGGCAGCAAUGCGCAACCAUCUCAAAGUGGCUGGAAGUUACGAAAGGAGCAGAAAUCCAGACGAUCCAAACGUAGACGAGAUGGCCAGGAACCGGAGAAGAGAAAGCUAAUAUACGACACAGAAGAGGGUGGCCUGCGAGAGAGUAGCGUUGAGAGUAGCAGUGACUAUGAAGAGAAGGACGCUCUACAACAGACAAAGUCGGUCAAACGAAGCAGCAAACGGAGGACAAUAUGUGGUUUCGCAGUCGUGCAUGUCGUGAUUGUGCUGGCCUUCCUGGCACUGCUAUAUGGAGCUUGGAGGGCGUCUCAUACUCAAAGACAUCCAGAGACGAAUGCGGCAGAUUCUACAAUACCUGCCGAGGACGAGGAGAAGGAACAAGAGCUCCCCAUUGGCACAACUUACAAGCCACAGGCCAUGUUCAAUGGCACACACACAUUCGACCCGACGACGAUAUUGAUAUCCCUCGACGGCUUUCGAGCAGACUUCUUGCAGCGGCACAUCUCUCCUACAUUGACUGCCUUCGUACAGAUCGGUGUAAGCCCGAGAUAUAUGCUACCUUCCUUCCCAUCCCUAACAUUUCCAAACCACUUUACCUUGGUAACAGGUCUACAUCCCGAAAGCCAUGGAGUCGUAGGCAACACCUUUUGGGAUCCCGAGACUGAGAGAGAAUUCUACUACACGGAUCCUGAGCGAAGUAUGCAGCCUGAGUGGUGGCAAGCAGAGCCGCUGUGGGUGACUGCGGAGAAUGCUGGACGCAAGACUGCAGUGCAUAUGUGGCCAGGCAGCGAGGUCAAAGGCGGUGCCGAUGCAGUUGGAGCGGCGUAUGUGGACCACUACAAUGGUAACGAGCAUCUCGAUAACAAAGUGAGUCGCAUUCUGGGCUGGCUCGACCUUCCUGCAGCGUCUGAAAGACUGCCGAAUGGGAACACUCGACCUCAGCUCAUCGCAGCAUAUGUGCCAAAUGUGGAUGUUGAUGGCCACAAGUAUGGACCUAACAGCACAUACAUCCGUUCUACCAUAAUGGAAGUCGAUGGCAUGCUCAACUCACUGUUCGAGGGUCUGGAGAAGCGCAAUCUGACUAACAUUGUCAACAUUGUGAUCGUGUCUGAUCACGGCAUGUCUACGACCUCGGUCAAACGGCUCAUCCAAAUCGAGGAUCUGGUCGAUACCAGUCUGAUCGAGCACACCGAUGGUUGGCCAUUAUAUGGUCUUCGGCCAUACGACCAUUCGCCGAGCAAGCUUCAGGAGAUCUACCAAGGUCUGAUAGCCAAGUCGAAGCUGCCCAAAUAUGAGCACACCUUUGAUGUAUACUUGCGAGACGAAGAUAUGCCAGCUCGGUAUCACUUCGCCAGCAGCACACGUAUUGCACCCCUGUGGAUUGUACCAAAAGCUGGAUGGGCCAUCGUCACCAAAGAGGAGUUCGAUAUCGCAGGAGGUGCGCAAGAAGUGUACCAUCCACGCGGUCUGCAUGGCUAUGACAACCAGCAUCCUCUCAUGCGCGCCAUCUUCGUCGCCAAGGGACCGGCGUUCCCACAUCUGCCAGGCAGCGAAGUUGAGCCGUUCCAAAACACGGAAGUGUACAACAUCGUGUGCGAUAGCUUAGGCAUCGAGCCAGUGCCAAACAACGGCACGUUGAGACUGCCACUCAAAACAAGUGGCGUGCACGAUCCAGAUCGGCUGAUAGAAACGCCGGAAGACUUGCAAGACGAUCCUAGCCUCGCUCUUCCUCCAGAAGUGGCCAACUUGGCAUAUGGUCAUGGUGGUGUCCGACCGUCGAGCGAGCCUCCCGUUGUGCCAAACCUCGCGAACCGUCCUGACUUUAUGGUACCUACUGCCGGCAUCCCGCCUGUAGAAACUGCUAUUUCGGAGCCAGAAAAAGAGGCUCCCCAACCAGUCAAACCAACAGAGACAUCUGAGCCAGCCCGUCCAGUUGUUCAUGAUGGUCUUGACGACGAUGAGAAAAGCGGUUCCAUUAACAGAUGGUGGGAAUGGGUCAACGGCAAGAUUGAUGCAAUCAAGGGAUGGGCAUCCAAUAUGCUUGGGAAAGGUGACACCAAAGACGAUGGUGGAGGAGAUGGCGAAUCCUAG